AAAUUUUCGACAUAAAUAAUAACACUUGCUUAUCGGUGGUUUAUCAAUGUAAUAAUAAUUUAUCAAUAUCAGUUCAAAAGUUGGAACAGGUGAAAUACAAAACGUAAACAGAUUAGCUAAAUUAGAUUACAUUGGAGAAAAUAGCCAUCAUGAAGGUUGCAGUAAUUGGAGCAGGAGCCAGUGGAUUAACUGCUAUAAAGUGUUGUAUAGACGAAGGACUAGAACCAGUAUGCUUUGAAAGAACUAAUGAUAUAGGUGGGUUAUGGAGGUAUACAGAAAAGGUUACAGAAGGUCAGUCAUGUGUGAUGAAGUCUACUAUUAUCAACACAAGUAAAGAAAUGAUGUGUUACAGUGACUUUCCAAUACCAGAAGAAUAUCCUAUCUUUAUGCACAAUACGUAUGUUCAGAAGUAUUUCAACCUUUAUGCUGAUAAAUUCAACCUACGGAAUUAUAUACAAUUUGAACAAGAGAUAUUAAGUAUAAACAAACAGCCCGAUUUUAAGCGAACUGGUCAGUGGAAUAUCAAAGUGAAAGACAAAAAAAGUGGUGAUGUGGAAGAGAGUGUGUUUGAUGCUGUUCUUGUUUGCACAGGCCAUCAUGCUGAAAAGCAUGUUCCUGAUUUUCCAGGUUUAUCAAACUUCAAGGGAGAAGUCUUUCAUAGCCAUGACUACAGAAAUCCAGCUGGAUAUGAAGGGAAGAGAGUAGUUAUCAUUGGAAUAGGAAAUUCUGGAGGUGAUAUGGCUACGGAACUUAGCAGAGUAGCUUCACAGGUGUUUAUAAGUACUAGACGAGGAAGUUGGGUAUUAAACAGAAUAGGAGACAAUGGUAUGCCAUUAGACAUGGCCAAUUCUGAUAGGUUUAAACUGGCAAUAAAGAAUUAUUUACCAGCCUCAGUCUUAAAUACUAUAGUGGAAGGUCGUCUAAAUGCAAGAUUUGAUCAUUCUGUAUAUAGUCUUAAACCUAAACACCAUGUGUUCGCCCAGCACCCAAUGGUAAAUGAUGAAAUGCCAAACAGAUUGGCAUCAGGAACUCUGACAGUAAAACCAGAUAUCAAAACAUUUACUGAAAAUGGAGUUAUAUUUGAUGAUGGCACCAAAGAGGAGAAUAUUGAUGUUGUUAUCUUGGCAACCGGAUAUAAAUUUGGGUUUCCUUUCUUAGACAAAUCUGUAGUAGAUGUCAAAGAGAAUCGUGUUGAACUGUACAAAUAUGUUUUCCCACCUAAACAGGAGAAAAAAAAUACUCUGAGUAUAAUUGGAUGUAUACAACCUAUUGGGGCGAUUAUGCCUAUAUCUGAAUUACAGUGUAGGCUAUCUUUGCGUGUUUUUCAGAAAAAAAUCAAACUUCCCUGCAGCGAUGAAAUGAUAUUGGACAUAAGAUCAAAAGAAUUAGCCAUGAAGGAGAGAUAUGUACAGACUCAAAGACAUACCAUUCAGGUGGAUUAUAUUGACUACAUGGAUGAACUUGCUACACUGAACGGAUGUCUACCUGAUCUUCAAUCAGUAUUUUGGUCAGAUCCUAAAUUGGCCUUAACCUGCUUCUUUGGGCCUUGUACACCAUACCAGUACAGAUUGCAGGGUCCUGGAAAAUGGGAUGGAGCUAGGCAGGCAAUAAUGACACAAUGGGACAGGACAUUUGCAUCCCUGAAAACAAGACCAUUAGGAUUUACAGAAAAACCAUCACAGAAGAAAUUCUUCAUUUUUUACUUUGUUUUUGUAGUGCUAUUUUGUUAUUUAGUUCAUGUUAUAUUUCUGUAGGUAAUUAUGUUGUGACAUUCAUUGAACACAUCCAAAAAUCUAGGAAUGACAUUUAUAACUUUCAACACUUUUUAACAGAUGACCAAAAGAUCAUUUCUUAAGAUUUAUUAAACAAAUGUUUUACAACAAAAGAGUAUAAAACACCUGUAUGCUGUUUUUCUUCUCUACAAGUGGGAUAUUGAGAAAUUUCAAAUAUUUGAACAUCUCUCUUUAUCAAAAAUGAAAAGAAAUGUGACAAUAUAGAUUACAAAAAACAUACUGUUGAUAACACAGAAUUUGAUUGUUGUUUAUUUUGUUUUCUAAUUAAAGAAAUAUGUGUGUACCUUUUAAUGUUUGAUAGAAUUAUUUUUUUUCAUACAAAACAUUGUUUAAUACUCAAAUAUCAAGAUAGGAUAUGCUAUACAUAAGAUAACAUUUGCUUUUUAAUUUUGUACUAUUUAUUAUUUUUUACUGUUAAUGUUAAUUUUAUAUGUGCUGAAUUUUAAUUGUUAUAGAAAAGUUUUUAAUGUAUGUAAUAAAAACGCUGUAUGAAUUUUAAGUCAUGUCCUCUAUAUUUUAAUUUACUGCCUACACUUUUGUAAAAGUCCACCUGUGUAUUUCUAAAAAUCACAAAUUAAUGUUGUGACGUGAUUAUAGGCAUAAUUACAAAGAUAAAGAACUGGACAAAGAUACAACCACCUAAACAUGGGCCACCCUAUGAUUUGUAAUUUUCUUUGGAAAAUGCCUGUUUAAGUUGGGAAUAUAGCAGUUGUUUUCCACGUGUUCCGUUGAUUGAUAGCGUUUGAUUUUGUAAGUUUUUAUGGACUUCCCCUUUUUGAAUUUGCUUUGGAGUUCGUUAUUUUUGUUAUACUUUUUUUUACUGAAGAGGUCUUUAUUGAAAAGAGAUUUAGAAGGGUCAUAGUCAUUAUCAUAUUAGGAAAGUGUGACAACUAGCUUAGUGUUCAGCUAUAUAGUACAAAGCUGGAUAAAGCUUCACCAAUAUUGCUUAGAUUUUGUACUAUACUAUAAAAGAGUUUUUUGCUCUAAUAAUGAGGAAUAUUUGUACUAUAAUCCUAUAAUAUAUAUUAUCUGUGUGACAAACAAAAAGGUAUUGUCUGUCUACCAUAAUUAAAUGCCAAAUAUUCCUCAAGCGCUACAUGCUACUCUUUUUAUUGUUUGUAUUAAUGGGACCAUGUAUGCAUUUGGGCACAAAUGGUUGCAGGUAGUCAAAUUAUUACACUUAUUGCAUGUACUUUCUUUUGAAAGGGUUUUCAAUCAACAAUAUAAUGAUGUAAAAUGACAUGGAGUUGAUGAGGCAUAUGUUCAGCCCUCUUAGUUACCUAACUUUUUUUACUUAUAUAAAAAUGCAGUUUUGUGGAAUGUUUAAUGCUUGUCUCUAGUCAUUGUACUAUUUAGUUAUUUGACUAUUUAACAAUUGUACUUAUACAUUUUGUAAUUUAUUUUUCUAUUACAAGGAUUUUAUGAAUAAAGUAUGUUUAAGAAUA